GUUCAAAAUUGAGUCCAAAAUUGAAGGAAGCGCGACCGUCGCCGAUGAUGGCCUCUCCACCCACCAUCCGCCGGAACCCUCCCCGGAGCGCGAGACCUCCCCCCACCCCUCUCCCCAAGCCCUCCCUCGGCCUCGACGGCGACCGCCUCAAGGUGUUCCUCCGCAUCCGCCCCCUCCCUGACCGAGGCCGCUUCAAGUCCAAGGCCCAGGCCACCAAACCCAAGCAGCAGUGCCUCGUCGCCAACGGCGCCAACUCCGUCGCGCUCACCGUCCCGCAUUCCAAGCUCGCCGACCCCAAGCGCGCCCGCACCGAGCUCUUCGAUGGCUUCUCCGCCGUCUUCUCACCCGACUCCUCACAGCAUGAUGUGUUUAGUCAAGUGAUGAAUCCGCUCGUGGAUGAGUUUUUGGGAGGAAAGAGUGGCCUUCUGCUUGCAAUGGGUCCGACGGGCUCUGGAAAGACGCACACUGUCUUUGGUUCUGCAAGGAAUCCUGGACUCCUACCACUCGCUCUUCGCCGGAUCUUCUCUUCAACGGAUGACCACCCAGCUAGAUCAUUUUGCUUGUCAAUGUUUGAGAUACUUUCGGAGGGAAAAGGAGAACGCAUUCUUGACCUACUGUCUGAUGCAACUGACAUUGUUCUCCAGCAGUCAACAAUUAAAGGUCUUAAAGAGGUGUCCAUUGAAACUUCCACGGACGCUGAGAGCUUAGUUUUAUCUGGGAUGCUGAAGCGUACCACAGCUGCAACAAAUGCUAACAGCAAGUCAAGCCGAUCGCAGUGCAUUAUCACUAUACGUGCUGUUCGUAAAAUCAAUGAUGUAGAAAUCGAGAAGUCACUUAGUGACGCUGUCCUGACCAUAGCAGACCUUGCGGGGGCAGAGCGGGAAAGGAGAACUGGAAAUCAAGGUACAAGAUUGCUAGAGAGUAAUUUCAUCAACAAUACAUCCAUGGUGUUUGGUCUCUGUUUGAGGGCUUUGUUAGAACAUCAGAAAAACAAGAAGAAGCCCUUGGAGAAGCAUUUCAAGAACUCAAUGCUGACAAGGUACUUAAGGGACUACCUGGAAGGAAGGAAGAAAAUGACUCUGAUUUUAAACGUGAAGCCUGGAGAUGAUGAUUAUCUGGAUACAUCUUUUUUGCUAAGACAAGCAUCUCCGUACAUGAAAAUAAAGUACACCAACCUUGAUGACUCUUCUGAUUUGGUUUCUCAAAAGAGAAGCAAUGUUUCCCUGAUUUGCCAAGAAAACAAGAAAAAGGGGAAGUUUCAUAAGACUGAAGUUUUUGCGGUCGCAGGAAAGGAUGACGUUGCCAAGGAUGAUGGCAUUAAAGUUUCUGAAAAAGAUGAGCCACAAUGCAAGCUUCUUAAUUCAGAAUUGCGAAGAGUUUCGAGAAAUGAAGAAAUAAUGACAAACUUUGCCAGGGCUUUAUGGACUGUUUUAAAGCAAUAUAAACAAAAAAUUUUGGAGUCUGAGAAUGCUGUUGAGAGCAUGAGAAAAUUGCUUAUAUGUAAAGACAUUGAAAUUGUGGAGCUGGAGAAGAAGUUGAAGGUUCUAAGUUGUUCAUGCAAGAAAUUUCCAUCUGUUGAAGACUCUGUUGAGCAGGAUGAUGCUGUGUCUUCUGGUCAAGUGGCUCAAAGUUUUAUUUCUCAGUCAAGUCAAACUGAUCCUGGAUCUAGUGACUCUGCACUCAAUAAUCAUUCACUAGAAGAGGUCUCAGAAGAAACAUGUCAUGGUCCUGAAAGGUCUUAUGAUUAUUCUGACAAGACAGGGGGAUCUGAUGUUUGUGAUACUUCUGUUGUUAAGUUGAUAGACGGAGAAGAAUUGAGCUCUAGAGAUUGUAAGUUAACUGUACAAGUGGUCGAUAAGGAGUUGGAUAGGUCUGAAAGUUGCUCUGAUGGUGGUGGUGGUGUAGCACAUUCACCCAGUGGUUUGGAUGAUCCAUUUGAUCAAAGUUUUGCAGAGCGCCGUGUACUUACAUAUCUACAGAAGGAAAGGACAAACCUGUCUCCAGAAUUUAUUGGUGCUAACAAGAAAUCUCCUAUAGAGCAAAGUGAAGAAGAAAGGGAAGAGUUACACAAUAUAACAGUGGAGGGGAUUCAACAUAAUGUUGACAUAAGAGGUGUGAAACAUCAUAGUACUCCGAGUUGCUCCCAGGGAGUGAACUCUGAAGCACCAAAUGUUAGCUCCAGUCAGUCUUCCCUACAGUUGCAAAGGAUGGAUGCUCUUCAGCAGGAUCCCCAAGAUCUGGAUCCUCAGUUAGAAAGAUGCAACGCCACAGUAGAAACAACCAUUGUGGAAUAUGGAUGUGUUCAACCUUCAGAUCUAGUGGAUAUUCAUGGAGGCAUGUCUCCACAUCUAAGUGGAAAAUCUUCUGCAAAGAAAGCUCCAAUAGCUCCAAGCAAGGACUGCCAGGCCGAAAGACCGACGGAUAAAACAGAGGAUCUCUCUGCUUCUAAGGACUGCAAUAGAAAAAACACUAGAAGGAGAUUGCGGCCCGUGUCAACUAUGAUGAUCAAAGAAUUUACUGUUCCUGACACAUUCGUGGAUACCAAAAGGGAAGAAAGAGCGAAAUCGUCAGGUGCUGCAAUUGGGAGAUCGGACAAGCUUAUUCGACUGUUGAAAGCCCACCCGCCUCGUGAACGAGUCUAGGUCCAUCGGAAUUCCGGAAGAUGUUCACUCAUUUUGCGAUUUUCCACGACUGUCUUUUUGUGGAACCAGCCUGUUCAUUUUUGUUGAUCUUUGACGUUUGGGUACAUCGCGCCUGUGCCAAUGCAAUUCGAUGUAAAUAUGUUCUCGUCCUGUGUUGCCAAUGCAGUUCAAAUGUACAUAGCGGAGGAGGGUAUUCGCACGACAUUGUGUUGAUUUAAUCUGUUUAAUGGUCGGCACACUGAAUUCUCUUACCAUAUCCUUUCUUCCUCCAACAUGUACUUAUCAUCACUUUAGGCUUAUUGGUUG